AUGUCGCUCGCCUUCAAAACGCUCUCGUUCGGCAUCAAACAAUCGAAUCCGAAACAUCGGAAAACCGACGAGAAUGCGUCGAAAAAGAGGGAAUUGUCGACGAUUUCCGACGAAUCGCUGCGGAAAUUCGACGAAAUUCGCGAGAAAAUGAUUGGAAGAGUGGAGACGAGAACCGGGAAAAGCGGGAAAAAAUUGAGGAAAAAAGGUGGGACAUUGCUUGUUUUGCAAUUUUCAGCCUUAAAAAUCGGAUUAAUUUCAGCUGCAAUUCAACUUUUGGCGUCCCGAAAACGUGCUCACGACGAGUCUGAAGAGGAUUCGGAGCGGGAAGAGGAAACAAUUGGGGAUGUGGAGAAGAAAAUGCAGAAAUUGGUACGCUUCUUCGCUUUUUGACUCAAGAAUCUUGAGGACUGAACUUUUGGCCCACUUGCACGGAUCCGAUCGGGCCCAUACUUUGCAGACUCCUUGGACUUGGAUUGAAGGAUGUUGGGUCCGAGUUUCAGAUCGAUCGGAUCAUCUGGUCCCGAGAUAUGUGGAUCAGAGGCCGAAGUGACCCCAAUUUUCGGCCUCAAACCAGUAUAACUCGGGACCAGAUGAUCCGAUCGGUCUGAAACUGGGGCCCAACAUCCUUCAAUCCAAGUCCAAGGAGUCUGCAAAGUUUGGGCCCGAUCGGAUUCGUGCAAGUGGGCCAAAAGUCCAGGCCUCAAAGAGCCUGGGCCGAAAUUUUCCCAUCCCUGCUGAAAACUUGAAAAAAACACUAUUUGAAAGUCGUGACAAGUAUGAAAAAGUCUGUUUUUUUUUCAAUGAAAUCCAUUUUUUGCAGUUGGACGAAAUCCGCCGUCAAAAUCGCAUUUUCACGUGGGGCGACCACCUUCCCGACAUAAUUCUCCGAUUUUCGGACGCGAAUUUGGCGCCGUCUCUGUUGGAAAAACUCGCGAAUCACUCGAUCCGACAACCGUCGCCCAUCCAAAUGCAAUCGAUUCCGUUCAUGACCGAACGGAGAAAUGUGCUCGCCAGUGCUCCCACUGGUACGUGUUAACACAGGCCUGGGCGAACGAUUCGGUUCUCGUUGAUUAAGAAAUUGCUUGCAAAAAACAGUGGACGAGAGAGAGAGAGAAGCGAUUAGCGUGCGGAAAAGCAGAGACGCGGACGCCAAACAGCAAACAACAAUAAUGAAACAGUUGCGCGCCUGCGUCUCCGCCCUCUCACACGCUAAUCGCUUCUCUCUCGCUCCCUGUUUUUUCUCGGCUGUCUUGGUCAGUAUUGCGCAAAUUCUGAGAAACGCUAUGCAAUUUUAGCGCAACCCUUAAGCCAAUUUUUGCGAAAAGCUCUAGUAGAAAUUGCGUAAAGUUUGCGCAAAUUCGCACCAACACUGCCGAUUUUGCAAGCUAUUUCUAAAUAAACGGGAACCGUGUCGCUCGCCGACUCAUGUUUCAGGUGAAACAGGAUUUUCUUAAUUCAAUAAAAUUUGUUAGGAUCCGGAAAAACGCUCGCCUUCGCAUUGCCGGUCAUCGACGAGAUUCUGGGACUCAAAACACGCGCUCACCUGGAUUAUACGGCCGGAAAAUCGAAAUUGCUGGCGAUUGUGCUCGAGCCGACCAGGGAACUCGCAGCACAGGUACAAUUUUUAAACACAAUUUUUACAGUUUCUCCAGUUUCGUUUUAAUCGAGAUGCUAUAUGAGAUAACUGUAUUUGGUAUCUAGGGAAUGCUUUGCAACUUUGUUAUUUGUUCAGUAAUGCUCCCGGGAGCAUUACUGAACAAAUAACAAAGUUGCAAAGCAUAAACGUUUACCGUACGCCUAUAUUCACUCGAAUUUGAUGAUGAUUUGCAGACGUACUCUGAAUUUGUGAAAUACUGCGACGGAACGGACAUAUCGGUGGCCAAUUUCAGCGGCGAAGAGACGGAUAUUUCGGCGGCCGACAUUCUCAUUUCCACCCCGAAUCGCAUCGUUUUUCAUCUUGAGACAAUUGACACGUCUGCGUUGAGGUAGCUAUUUUAAGCGUACAUAAUAUCCCCAUUAGUCUCGUUUUCUACCCGAUUUCCAGAUGGCUAGUCGUCGACGAAUCCGACCGUCUUUUCGAGGUGAUCGAAGGGAACGAAAAGUGUUUCCGUAAUCAGCUGGCGGCGAUUUACAAGGCUUGCGAUGCGAAAUGCACGCGUGUCGCCUUCUUCAGCGCCACGUUCUCGCAUGAAGUCGAAAAAUGGUCAGUUUUCACUCAUCUUAACGUUUCCAAAAUGAUUACCGUCAAAAUUAAUCAGGUGCAAAGAGAACAUUGAAAAGAUUGGAAUGGUGUGUGUCGGCGAGCGCAACUCGUCGAACACCUCUGUCAAACAAGAGCUCACCUACUGCGGCGGCGAGGACGGAAAGAAAAUCGCGAUCCGAAAUCUGCUGAGGACCUCUUUCCGUCCGCCCGCACUCGUUUUCGUGCAGAGCAAGGACCGCGCCGUGCAAUUGGUCAAACUACUGUCGGCGAUCGAUUCGAGCCUGAAGGUCGACUCGAUUAACAGCGGAAAAAGCGACAAGGAGGUGGGCGUUUUCGACUCAAAAACAGCCAAAUAUGCUGCACAUUUUCAGCGCGACGAAACGAUGGCUCGUUUCCGGAACGGCGAGAUUUGGGUGCUCGUGUGCACAGAACUGCUCGGCCGCGGAUUGGAUCUUUCCGACGUGGGACUCGUUAUUAAUUACGACCUGCCCACUUCGAUUGUCAGUUAUAUUCAUCGAGUUGGUACGUCCUUUUUAGGGGAUUUUUUAGAUGAAAAGUCUCUGCUUGUAAGGAGGAUUUUUCUUAUGUUAAGGUCGAACUGGACGCGCGGGAAACAGUGGCCACGCGGUCACAUACUUCACCGAUACCGACAUGAAAUACAUCAAAUCGAUUGCUACCGUAAUCCGACAAUCCGGAUUCGAGGUGCCCGAAUAUUUGAUGGAAAUGAAGAAAGUGUCCAGGUAAUAGAGGAACACGUGUUUGUUGUGUACCGAUUUUUUGCAGAGAUCGCAAGAAGGAAAUGCUGAAGCACGCUCCGAAGCGCCACAAAAUCGCGAUGGUCAAAGAGCAGGCGGAAAAACGGAAGAAGAUGCUCGCGAAACGCAAAAAUGAGUUGGAAAAGGCGAAGAAAGCGGAAAAUGAGCCGAAAAGUCCGAAAAGCCAGAAGUCACUGAAAAAGAAGAAAAUUAGUGCUCAAUGA